UCAAGAACUCCCGAAUUCAGGAUAUCGAUCAGUGUAGGGCUACUUUCUUCACUACAAAAACUGAAAAAGCCAAGUCACAUUACCAAGAUCCUUGCACAGCUCCUGUGUUUUUGGUAUAUAAAGCCACCGUCAGCUAGGAAUAGUUGUUGCACCAUUAAUGCAUGACAACUGCCCGUUACAUUUCUUAGCUUUAAUUCUUAUGUGCCUUACUUGACUUGGACCCUCGACUUAUACCUUCUCAAAAUCUAAGUUAGGAAGAAAAACCCUAGAUUUUGUGCAAUUUAAUACAAUGGGAAAUGCUGAUUUUGAAUCCCAGCAUCGUGUUCGUGUGGAAUCACCUCCAUCAAAACCCUUUUUUCAGAAUUUAGGAAUGUCUGUGAAAGAGACGCUUUUCCCUGAUGAUCCUUUCAGGCAAUUCAAGGGUCAGUCAUUUUCAAAGAAAUGUGUUCUCGGGUUACAGUAUUUCGUCCCAAUUCUUAAGUGGGCUCCUGGUUACACUUUUGAUUUCUUCAAGGCUGAUUUCAUAGCUGGAAUUACUAUCGCUAGCCUUGCGAUUCCUCAAGGAAUAAGCUAUGCGAGAUUAGCAAAUAUUCCUCCAAUUAUGGGACUAUAUUCAAGCUUUGUGCCGCCGCUGAUUUAUGCCAUGCUGGGAAGUUCAAGAGAUUUGGCCAUUGGAGCUAUAGCUGUUCCAUCACUUCUCAUAGCUGCCAUGCUAGGAAAAGAAGUCCAUCCUGCUGAGGACUCCAAGCUCUAUGUGCAGCUGGUUCUGACAGCAACUUUCUUUGCUGGAGUUUUUGAAGCUUCUCUAGGCCUGUUAAGGCUUGGAUUCAUUGUGGACUUCCUAUCCCAUGCAACAAUUGUGGGAUUUAUGGGAGGAGCAGCUACAGUUGUGUGUUUGCAGCAGUUGAAGGGAAUUCUUGGGCUGGUUCAUUUCACACACGAAACUGAUAUCACGGACGUCAUGAAGUCUAUCUUUAGCCAAACGCACCAGUGGAAAUGGCAAAGCGGGAUCCUGGGAUGCUCUUUCCUCUUCUUCCUCUUCAUCGCAAGAUACUUCAGCAAAAGGAAGCCAGCAUUCUUUUGGGCAAAUGCUAUGGCACCUCUAAUUUCUGUUAUUUUGGGAAGUGUUCUGGUGUACUUCACCCAUGCUGAAAAUCAUGGAGUACAAGUGAUUGGGCACUUGAAGAAAGGGUUGAAUCCACCAUCUUUUUCAGAAUUGUCAUUUGAUUCUCCAUACCUCAUGACAGUCAUAAAGACUGGAAUCAUCACUGGUGUCAUCGCUCUAGCUGAAGGAAUAGCAGUUGGAAGAAGCUUUGCCGCAUUCAAGAACUAUCAUAUAGAUGGAAACAAAGAGAUGUUGGCUUUCGGAUUGAUGAACAUUGCUGGCUCUUGCACCUCUUGCUACCUUACCGCAGGACCAUUUUCAAGGACGGCAGUGAAUUUCAAUGCAGGCUGCAAAACUGCAGUGUCUAAUAUUGUUAUGGCAACUGCAGUGAUGAUAACAUUGUUGUUCCUCACGCCAUUGUUCCACUACACUCCUCUAGUGGUUCUUUCCGCCAUAAUAAUUGCGGCCAUGCUUGGCCUCAUAGACUAUGAAUCUGCCAUCCACCUCUGGAAGAUUGACAAAUUCGACUUCACUGUCUGCCUCAGUGCAUACGUUGGCGUGGUCUUUGGCAGUGUCGAAAUCGGCCUAGUUAUUGCUGUGGCACUGUCCCUUCUGCGGGUACUUUUGUUCGUCGCAAGGCCGAGGACUGUUGUUCUUGGAAACAUUCCGAACAGUAUGGCUUACAGAAGCAUUGAUCAAUAUCCCGGAGCUAUCAAUGUUCCUGGAAUGUUAAUCCUGCGUAUCGACUCUCCCAUAUACUUUGCCAAUGCAAGUUACUUGAGAGAAAGGAUCUCAAGAUGGAUCGACGAGGAGGAAGAUAGGUUAAAAUGCUCAAAAGAUGUUGAACUACAGCAUGUAAUAUUGGAUAUGAGUGCUGUCGGAACGAUUGAUACAAGUGGAAUUGGUAUGCUAGAAGAAGUCAAGAAAAACAUGGACAGAAGGUGUCUGCAGCUUGUAUUAGCCAAUCCUGGAAGUGAGGUUAUGAAGAAGCUGGAUAGGUCCAAGCUUAUUGCCACAGUUGGUCGAGAAUGGAUCUUUCUAACAGUUGCAGAAGCAGUAUGCGCUUGCACCUUCAUGCUUCACUCUUUCAAGCAGAAAGCCAAGGCAACUGACUGUGAAGGAUCAGAUAACACUGUUUGAUUAAUGCCCUAAAUAGGGGCUUAGGAAAGGCAGGCCAUAAACUAAAUGAUGGCGUGAUGCAAGGACUCAAAUUUCUUGAAGUCAGGAUAGGGUUCAAUUCUUGAGAAUAGUACAAGAAAUUAUUAAGCAACGCUAAUGAAACACAUCAGGCCUUUUAAUCUUC